AUGUUUUCAGCUCUCUGCACUUCAGAUACCAUCAUCAAUUCCACUCUUUCAAGGGAUUGGUUCGGUGAAAACCAUGGUCCAGCAGAGUCUGAAAUUUCUGCAACUUUGCGUUCUAUCAAUCACUUCACCAACCUAGAGCUACUUCUUACUAGCCACACUCUAGACUCAGCCAUGCACAUAUGGACAACAAUAACUUUACCUUACUUGUUACUUCUCUUUGCCUCUUCAGUUUUUAAGACUUCCUUUCACAACUAUGCAGAUGCUGAUAUAUAUAAAAAUGUGUGCAAUGGUAAAAGAUCUCUUGCAAUUCAUGUUUCCUAUUUGCAAGAAUAA